UGGCGUGAAUAGCCUCUUAGCUAAUCGCACCAUCGACUAGCCACUGCCUAAAAUGUGGCUGUCUGUGCGCAUAUUAGUGCCUCUGAAUAAAUUCCAAAAGAACAGCUUUAGAAACACGAUGAAUGUAUCUGUGAGGAGAAUUCACACAACAAUAACGAAAAGUUGUAAUAAAUUGAAACUGGAAGAAUGUCAUGUUAUUACUAUCUUCGGGAAAAACUAUAUUCGCGAUGAGUAUACUAAUGUUACACCUCAUGUUUUAAGUCUUUUGUCUCAUAAUUUACAUCUUGUAAAAAAUCAUCCUUUGAACUUAAUCAAACAGAGAAUAGUACGAUACAUGUACGGCAGUUAUUUAAAUCGCCGUGGUAAUCCUCUGUUUUCUGUGUACGAUAAACUUGCUCCUGUAGUUACUGUUCAACAAAAUUUUGAUAGUUUGUUAAUUCCUGAAGACCAUCCUAGCCGAAAAAAGAGUGAUUCUUAUUAUAUAAAUUCAAAUUAUUUAUUAAGACCUCAUACUUCUGCUCACCAGAAAGAGCUGAUUAUGAGUGGGCUUGAUCAUUUUUUAGUUAUAGGUGAUGUAUAUCGAAGAGAUGAGAUAGAUGCCAAACAUUAUCCUGUCUUUCAUCAGUGUGAAGGAGUUCGUCUGCUUUCGCCGUAUGAGUUAUUCUCCAAUGUACCUAAUGGGGAAGAUAUGAAGUUAUUUCUUGAUGAUGUUAGAAGAGCAGAGAAGCAAGGGUGUCAUACAAUGGAAGCAACAAAAUUAAUGGAAAAAGACCUUAAGGGCUGCUUAGUAGGUUUAAUUAAAAGACUGUUUGGUGAAAGUAUUGAGUACAGAUGGGCAGAAUCCUAUUUCCCAUUCACCCAUCCAUCAUGGGAAUUGGAAAUAAAAUAUAAAGGAGACUGGUUAGAAGUUUUAGGAUGUGGAAUAAUGGAACAGGAGAUUCUGAACAGAGAAACCCACAACAACUAUUUGGAUUAUUUCUUCCGGAUUGCACUAGGCUAAUUUUUGAACACUUGGAUCGCAGGUACUG